AGGCGUUGCAUUUCACUCUUCCAUAGUUGGUACAAAGGUUGUAAAUGGCUUUAGCAAAGCAUUCAGGGUUUGCGGCCGAUUUCUGUUGUCACACAGGAAUCGGGGAGUCAUGGAAAACCAGGCAAUAACUGAGGUAAGCCAUUACAAAAUGCUUCCGUUAAAACGCCUGAGGUGAAUGCAUUACCAACGGAUUUGUUGAUCUGUUUGCUUUGUGGCCAAAAAUGGGAGCAGGCUUUUGAAACGGCUUGUGAUCGCUGAGCAAUUGUGAGAUUGGCUUUGUCCAAAAUAAAUCAAUAACUCGCCUCCUCUUUUUGUCUGCUUGACUACAUAGGCCUGCAAAGGAGGCUGUGAUCAUUUUAGGCUGUGGAACCCCCUCACUUUCAUUGUAAUUUUAUUAUUAUUAUUAUUACUGAAAGUUAUCAGGGAUCAACGAUUCUUAACACUGAAGGUCUUGCCAGGUUUUCCUCUUUUGUGUGUGACGCCUCUGUAUGUGACACUGAUGCAGAAAAAUGAAACCAGACACUGAACCGGGAGGUGGAAGGGCCAUGACUGAAACGUCAGUUUGUGUCGGCACGUUUACAGCUGUUAAGGCACUUUGGGAAGUCAGGAUCCAGAAAAUCAGCGAAGAGCUUCGAAAGCAAAAGGCAUUCAGUCAGAGGUCUGCAGAGAGGUAGGUUCUCAAUACGACUUGAGUUUCCCCAAAAAAACAAUUUAGAAAUUGAUUUCCUAGCUUCAUUGGGAGCAACAUAUUAAGUUGAACUAUCUCCUUUGAAGGCCAGAUCUGUUGGUUUAUUUAGGGUAUUUAUGAAUACCCUGAUACUCCAAAGGAGCUCAUGGCAAUAGACAGCAAGCAGAAAGCAAAAUGCACCAAACAUCAGUCAAAACGUGUAUGAGCUAAAAAUUACAUUUCAAAAACAAUGGAACACCGACUCAUAUUGCUUCUGAGAAUUAAGCAUCUUGUUAUCAAACUGUAAUACUUUAGGUAAUUCAAAAUGUCUUCGGUUGAUGUCUGAAAACUAAUAAUAUGGAAGACAGAGAGCCAGGGCCUCAUCACAGAAAAAGCCCUUCUAUAUAUUAAAUAUGUUACAACCUUUUUCUAGGCUGACGCUUGUUUGGGAAGAGAGAGUCAGUUUGGCCAAGCUCAAAGAAAAAGUUAUCACGGAAGAUGGAAGGGCUGUUUUAAAGAUUGAACAAGAAGAAUGGAAGGUAUUGUUUGCGUGGUGCUGCUAACAAAACAUUUCACAUUGUUAUCCCGGCUUCAGUGCUCCACUUCAUCAGUUUAAUCCAAGCUGUGCCAAUAUUAUGGACUACAACUCCCAUCAUCCCUGACAAUUGUCCAUGCUGGCUGAAGCUGAUGGGAAUUGUAGUCCAAAACAUCCAGAGGGCACCAUGUUGGGUAAGACUGAUUGAAUCUAUUGUUAUAUGCUCCUCUCUUCUUAGAGGAGGAGUGUUCCAGGGACAAUAGGCUUCAUUUCUUUUGGAUUAGUAUGCGUACUUGGAGACGUGUGCCUUUAUAAUAUCAGAUUUUAAUAUACAGAAGCACAUUGGAAAUACACAGGCUUCCAAAAGCACAGCCACUAACCCUGCAUAAAAUUUCCACAUCAACAGCGCUGAGCUCCCCGCAGCUCCCUAACCCAGCUUCCAGUUUCAUUCUCUCUCCAUCAGAUACUCUCGAGCUGCAGAUUGCUUCUAAUGGUCUCUCUGUCCUAUUCUGCUGUGAAUGCUGACUUUUCAGCCAAGCAGAGGAGUACUCUAGACAGCUCCAUGCUAGGCUCAAGCUGAAGACUUCAUGAGAGCAGAGCUCUGAUGUUGCUUCAGCGACAGUCGCCCUCAGCCUGGAAUAGGAGCCAUCGCUCUGUUUCAAUAGCGAGUCUCAUCUUCGGUGUGAGGAAUACCUUCCUCUCAGCCUGCUUUGGCAGUCAUUGGGUCCAAUGGGAUGGAGGAGACGGGUUGCAGUUGGGCUUCUAAGCUGGAGUCUCUUGAGCCAGAGGAAAGUGACAAUCAGAAUCACAACACCUUCCCCAAAACCUGAUGGGUGAGACAGCCCAAGAGCAAGAGGGAGAGAGAUUAAGCCAUCAAGUAACAAUUCUUCCCUUUUGUUAAGCCACUGGUUGCCCAUUAGUUGCUGGACUCAUAACAAUAUACUAUGUGGUUUUAUAUUCUAAUUUUGUUCUGUGAACUGCCCUGAGACCUAUAGGUAAAAGUAAAGGGACCCCUGACCAUUAGGUCCAGUUAUGACCAACUCUGGGGUUGCGGCGCUCAUCUUGCUUUAUUGGCUGAGGGAGCCGGUGUACAGCUUCCGGGUCAUGUGGCCAGCAUGACUAAGCCGCUUCUGGCGAACCAAAGCAGCGCACGGAAACGCCGUUUACCUUCCCGCCAGAGCGGUACCUAUUUAUCUACUUGCACUGGCGUGCUUUCGAACUGCUAGGUUGGCAGGAGCAGGGACCGAGCAACGGGAGCUCACCCCGUCGCGGGGAUUCGAACCACCGACUUUCCGAUCAGCAAGUCCUAGGCACUGUGGUUUAACCCACAGCGCCACCUGCGUCCAUCCUGAAACCUAUAGGGCGGCAUAUAAAUUCAAUAAAUAAAAUAAAUAAAUAUGGCAAACAAUGUACAAUGACUACAAAUGUAGUUAUUAUACAGAGAGCGGUGGGUAAUGAGGGUUUGGGUUGAAGUUGAGCUCUCUGGCAUUUUAUAGACUUUAAUAUACAGUAUUGAAAUCCGGUCUAUGUUAGCAUACUGAAUGCUUACUAUUUUUAUUCCCCCUGCCACCCCAAAUCUUGGAAAUUGUAAACAGUGUUUUUACCUAUAUUCUUUGUACUGGAUUAUUGAAGGUGUCAAAACUAUAUAGGCAUAAACAAAAAUCUCUUAGUACCUGUUCAUUUGCUAUAUAUGUUCUGCAUUGGUUCCUGGUCUUAUUUGGCACCAAACUGAUUGGAUUAUUGUAAUUGUUCAUCUGGCCCGAUAAGUGACAUCUCCCUCUUGUUUCGUCUCAUGCAAAUUUAGACUCUGCCUUCUUGCUUACUGAAACUGAACCACCUCCAGGAAUGGCAACUUCACAGAACUGGUCUGGUUAAAAUCCCUCAAUUCAUCGGUCGCUUUCAGAGUCUCAUUGUUCUAGAUCUGUCUCGAAAUUCCAUUGCAGAAAUUCCUAGGGAAAUCGGUGAGUUGAACCAUGAAACCUUGUAGUUGCUUCUGAGUCAGGAAUGCAGGAAUUUGCACAGCAACAUUUAUCCCGUCGAAAAGAAUGCAGUGGUACCUUGGGUUAAGAACUUAAUUCGUUCUGGAGGUCCGUUCUUAACCUGAGGUACCACUUUAGCCAAUGGGACCUCCUGCCGCCUCCCGGCAAUUUCUGUUCUCAUCCUGAAGCAAAGUUCUUAACCCAAGGUACUAUUUCUGGGUUAGCGGAGUCUGUAACCUGAAGCGUCUGUAACCCGAGGUACUACUGUUUGCUUAAAAUGCACCGUCUGUUGAUUUUUGCUGAAACGUAAAUAAUUCUGAGGUUGCUUGAAAUAUAAAGUGGUAUACAAGUCAGAUAAAGUAAUAAUAAAUUGGGAUUCCUGUUGGAAUAGCUUCCUACAGAGAGGGCCUUCCUGUAUGGUCUCUGUGGAGGUGGACCCAACUUAACACUUCCACAGUCUUGAAGAUAAAAUUGAGAGAGCCUUCAAAAUCUACCAGAGAUGGCCCCUCCAAAGCAUCCACCUUCUUGAUGUCUUCAUCUGGGUUUUUUCCAGAGGAUGCUAUUGUUGUAUGUGUGGAGGAAAACCUUAAAACAGGGGUGCCCGAACUUUUUUCAAAGAGGGCCAGAUUUGAUGAAGUGAACAUGUGUGAGGGCCGACCAAAGUUGUUCAGCUUUUUUUACAAUUUUAACCCCAAAGUUAUUGAGGUUUUUUUAGGAUUGAGGUUCCUGAGGUUUUUUAAGAUUUUACCCCAGGACAGAUACUGCCAUGGGGGCUGGAUUAAAUUGACUGGUGGGCUGAAUUAGGCCCCCGAAACAGACUUUGGACAUGCCUGCCUUAAAACAUGUAGCAGAAUUUCCCAAAAAAACCCAGACCAGAGGCAAUAGUACUUCAUCCAGCAGAGCUUUACUUGUGCUGAAGGCAAAUGAGCAUAAUGGUCACAAAUCCAGUACAUUCAGGAUUGGCACGGUCCAUAAGAAAUCCAGUUGCAGCGCUUACAAAAGCUUAUAAACUUAACUCAUAAUAAACCUUAGCACUAAGCAUACUAUGUACAGAACACCACACCAGAAGGAAGAGAGAUAGAGAAAUAAAGUAAAACCCAGGCUCCUUCUGGCCUAUAUUUAUAGUCAGCUUGACCUUAACUGGAAGAGAUAAGAGAAUCAGUUCAAACCAGCUUCCCAGAAGGUAUAACCCAAACAACAUUAAGCUUCUUUCAUACAGAGAAGCUUCCAGAACCCUCUUGAAUGAAUUAGAAUAGGAAAGAUAUCUACACAUCAGAUCAAUACUUUCUGCACUAAGAAAUGCAAACUGAGAGCUAUUUGUUGGAAAAUAAGCUUUUAACAAGUGAACAUUAUCACCCAUUUUUGUUUCAUUCGUAACUUUUGCAGGCCAGUUGUCAAAUCUCCAAGAGCUGAUCCUCAGUUACAAUAAAAUUAAAUCUGUUCCUAAAGAGCUAAGCAACUGUGUCAGCUUAGAAAGACUGGAGCUGGCAGUGAACAGAGACAUCUGUGACCUUCCCCAUCAGGUUUGGAAAGACCAUAUUCUCUCUGUUUCUUUGAUCCCAAGGGGGACAAGGGACUUGCUUACGAUUACCAUUUUAUACCAGUGUAACCAAUGUGGAAUCUAUUCCUUCACCAUGUGCCAACUUAGCCCUUCCCUUCCCUUGCAACCAGGUGGCACCAACAUGGAGACACCACUUGUGAGAGUGGAUUUAAUGUAACUGUCACAGUUCACCCAAUUGUGGAAGCCUUUUAAUGGUCAAAAUUGCAGUAGCUGCAUGUACAGCGCCAUGUGGGUAUGCCAGUUCUCAUAAAGACACUACUGCACAAUAGUAAGCUCAACGACAGAUCCCAAAGAUCUGGUGCGAGGGCUGCCAUUUUGAGCUAUCCCCUAGUAUCACAUUCCAUUGUACAAUUAGGGCUGUUGACCGAUUAAAGGAAUAUCGGUUGAUUAACUGAUUUACCAUUGGUUAACUGCAUGCAUCACCACGUAGAACAAUAGUUCUGAAGGACAAACAAAAUUUUAAAAGAUGAUGCAUGCAUGUUCCACAGUAGAAAGAGAUUUUCCUUUUGUAUUUGUGAGAAGGUGGGAAGCCUGUUAUAAGAUGGCAUAGGACACAACAGCACGAGCCUAUGCACGUUUACUCGGGAGUAAGCCCCACUGUGUUGAAUGGAGAUUCUUCCUUAGUAAGCAUGCUUAGGACAGUAUCCUAAAUGUUGCAGCCAAAGCGGUUCAAAGGGGGCAGUGCUAAUGAUUUGUUUAUUAUCCUCUUGAUUUUAUUGCAAGGAGAUUCAUUAUUUCCAGAGAGGUUACUCAUGCUUCUACUUCCUCGUUCCGUUUUGUAAUGUUUGACAUGGCUCUGCCCAGCUCGCUCUGCAGCCGUUUGUGUGUUACAUUUCCUUGCGGAAAUUCUCAGGCUUGGUUUUCCCUUGUCACUCUACCAAAAUAUCUUGGGACUCUGUGUUGGCCCUUUCAUACUGUUUGCACAACGCCCGCAGGCUUAUGUGCUUAUUAUACAAAGUCAAACGGAGAAAGAGAACAAACGAGCCAUUGCUAUAGAAACAGGGCCGAUUUAUUUAUUGAACAAGCAUAUCCCACUGGUCACUCUGGCACCUGCUCUGUAGGCCCUUUGUUGUGGCUCAUCUUUCUUACAGUAUUGUAUACUGGACUAGAUUCAAGAGUAAGCUGCCUGCCUGACUAUAUCCGACACAUAGCCUGGUGCCACUGAUUUAGAUAUGAUUCUUCUCAAGUAGGUGGCUGAGCUUAGCUGGCAAUGGCACAAGUAAGGUCAGGCCUCGUUGGACACAGGUGGGAGGAAGCAGUUGGGGAACCACCAAGGGAAGAAGGCUCAGAGCCCGGGGAGUGGUGGUGGGAGGAUGUUUUAGUGGGCUGAAGGAGAAGACUGGGAAGAGGUGUUGGAAGCUGAGGAGGUAACAGGGUUUAGUGAACUGGGAGAGUCUGUGUCAGAGAGAAGUCCAGAAUCAAGAAGCUGGGGAAGGAGUCCAAGAGGCAGAAAUGAGUCAGGCUGGUGAAGAGCCAUUAUUAUUAUUAUUAUUAUUUAUACCCCGCCAAUCUGGCUGGGUUUUCCCAGCCACUCUGGGAGUCUCCCAACGGAAUAUUAAAAACACAAUAAAACAUCCAACAUUUAAAAACUUCCCUAAACAGGGCUGCCUUCAGAUGUCUUCCAAAAGUCAGAUAGUUGUUUAUUUCCUUGACAUCUGAUGGGAGGGCGUUCCACAGCGCGGGUGCUACUACCGAGAAGGCCCUCUGCCUGGUUCCCAGUGUGGUGUAGUGGUUAAGAGUGCUAGACUCGUAAUCUGGUGAACUGGGUUCGCGUCUCCGCUCCUCCACAUGCAGCUGCUGGGUGACCUUGGGCCAGUCACACUUCUUUGAAGUCUCUCAGCCCCACUCACCUCACAGAGUGUUUGUUGUGGGGGAGGAAGGGAAAGGAGAAUGUUAGCCGCUUUGAGACUCCUUUGGGUAGUGAUAAAGCGGGAUAUCAAAUCCAAACUCUUCUUCUUCUUCUUCCCUGUAACCACACUUCUCGCAGUGAGGGAACCGCCAGAAGGUCCUCGGAGUGUCUCUCCCUCCUGCUCCCCUCCCCUUUCCCAGAACCAAGAGAGGCAUGAAAAGGGCAGAGGAGAGAUUGACUUCACACAGCAGUCUCCAAUUGCUUGGGAAAAGCAAGAGAAGGCAGGAACAUUCAGUCUUGGCAACUGAACCAUGGGGCAAGACCUACCAGGGAUGAGCUGCUGUGCUCAUGAGGCCUCUCUGCCACGUCUGUGCAGACUGUGUUCUUGCUAAUAAAGCAUUAACUCCAGCUUGCAUGGUGUGGUUUACUGCUGGCUCACUCCUGAUACCUGCUGAGCUAAGUCCUGCACACGUGGUACAAUGCUUAGGACCCUAUACUUCUGCUUUCCUUUCAAAGAUCAAUGGGGAGGAUGGAUUAAAGAUGACUGAAGCAACAUGAGUUAUGUCCAGGUAUCUCCUGUGAUCUCUCCCACCUCAUGGGGUGGGGGAUAGGGAGAGGCACUACUGGUUUAUUGCACAGGAGAGCCCAAAAUUGGAUCCAACGCUUCCUCAGUGUUUAUAGCCCACGGCAUGCUUCAUAAAGUUGUUAUCACUGAGAUACUUAUGCGUUUUUACCAGCUCAGCAACAUGAAGAAGCUUUAUCACCUAGAUCUGAGUAUGAAUCAGUUCACCACCUUCCCAUCAGUCAUCCUGGAUAUGCCAAACCUGGAAUGGUUAGACUUGGGGAGCAACAAAAUUACAGAAAUCCCUGGGGAUCUGGACAGGUAAAUUACAAACCUUGGGGAAAUUCCUGCUGCUUUCCAGUAUUUAUUGGUAACAAUCAAAGUUUACUGAAAUGAAAUGUCUUGUUACCUAGAUAGUAAAAACUGAAAUAUAUUGCAGUAUAGGCAAGCUAUAUUGUUGUACCAUUUAUCCUAAAGCAAACAAGUCCUUGCUGGUCAUGGGACAGAACAGGCUUUGUUUCCUCUGCAGCCAGCAGAGAAACCAAGUUGCCCAUUCUUUCUCCACCAGCCUAUUCAGUUACAUGCAUGAAAUUCUGAAUGCUUAUGACUACCAGGUGAGUCCUUAAAUAUAAGGGUGUGCAAACCAAGCUAGCAGUUCAGGCUCAUACAUUGAUGAGGAUCAUAGAAGCCCCCUUUGUGAGUUGGGCAGAGAGGGGUGAACAGGUGAAUGACAAAACAAUUUUGGCAUGACUGUCUGACUUUGGGGGGCCAUAUUCUCCUCUGUAAAUGCUAUAGUUAGUUACUAUUGCAAGGGUUUACCCUCCACCAAUUCAAACUAAUGCUUUGAUAUUGUCAGCCCUGACAAGCACUACCGCUUCAAGAUCUCAGGCAGAUACUGUAUUUUUCGCUCCGUAAGACGCACCUGACCGUAAGAUGCACCUAGUUUUUAGAGGAGGAAAACAAGAAAAAAAAAUAUUCUGAACGAAACCGUGGAUGUAUGAUUUCUGUGGUUCAUGCUGUGGCGACAGACAUGUGAUUUGAUUGUGAGUUUGGGGUAGCCCAAUGCAAAAAUCCUGAGAAUCCAUGUGGAUCCGUGCUUUGUAACCACAUUUUUGCACCAUUGCAGCCCCACGAAACAGUGGGUACGUGGUUUUUUUGGUGCAGGCUGUAGCCAUGGACAUGCUAUGUGAUCUGAUGGUAAAUUUGGGGUGAGCCAAUGUAAAAAUCCUGAGGAUCCAUGGGCUUUUACCUCCCCCCUCCCAAGCAGCCUCCUUUAUCUCUAGCAUCUCUUAUCUCCCUCCCCGAUCCCUUACCGAUCAGCUGCUUCCUUUCAACACUCCCUUUCCUCUUGCUUGCCCUAGUGUCUUUUCCUUAGCUGGAGCAGUUUUUUGCUCCUCCAUUUCUUCUAAUUUCUCUCCUCAUUGCUUUAGUGUUCCUGUUUCCUCUCCUUGCAGUUUGCUGUCUUUACCUCCCCACUCCCAGGCAGCCUCCUUUAUUGCUAGCGUCCCUUAUCUCACUCCAGAUCGCUUGCCGAUCAGCGGCUUUGUUUCAACACCCACUUCCCUCUUUCAAAAAAAAAAAAAAAAGCAUGAUCUGCUUUUUGCCCCUGGGCAAUUUGGCUCCAGGGACCACGCAUUCACUCCAUAAGACGCACAGACAUUUCCCCUUACUUUUUAUGAAGAAAAAAGUGUCUUAUGGAGUGAAAAAUACAGUGUUUAUCCUCAGCUAGCUGCCAGAGAUCCCGUAAUCGAAUACCACAGAGAAAUUGCUCAUAGCACUCCAUGCUCAGCCUUCAUUACUACCACCACAAUGAAAAAUUACAGGGGGUAGAGAAAUGUGUAUAUAUAGCCAAGUGGUUUUCUUCAUAAUUAAGGUAUCUGCUUGACUUCACAGAGCUGAAAACCUACAUACUUUGUGGCUCCAAAGGAAUGAAAUAACUCAUUUACCCGAAUCCAUUCGUAACCUGAAAAAUCUGAGCACGCUUGUCCUUACCAGCAACAAGCUCCAAGAUAUUCCUGCUUGCCUAAAGGACAUGACGGAGCUGAGGUGAGAGGAAAGCAAUCGCUGUGCCUGCAAUGUUCAUAUUCAUAGGCAGACAAACAAAACCACACCGCUGCCUUAAUAUUGUGGAGGAAGUGGUCCAAUAAGGUUUCAAAGUGCACAUACUACUCCAGUAAACUUCGCUGCAAACCAUUUCACCUGAGGAUUAGAUUUUAAGGCCUGAAACAGCUCUUGCUUUUUGAAUUUCUCUCUAAUGCAUUACUAGAUUUGUCAACUUCAGAGACAAUCCACUGAAGCUGGAGGUAACACUACCCGCUUGUGAGAAUCCUGAAGAAGAAGAAGAACAGGAACUGUAUGGCAUUCAGUUCAUGCAAGCAUACAUUCAGGAGUCACUCAGCAGAAAAGGUAUCUUUAUACCAUUAAAAUAAAAGUUAUAUUUGAAUUCAGCGACCAAAUGCUAAGGACAUAUUUUCAAGUGAUGCAACCUUGUGAUCUUUUACUUUCUAAUCUUUAUUCUUCCUCAGGGUGGAAAUAUAUUCCUUCUUAAGAUUGUUGGCACUACUUUUAACAAAUAACAAAGGCAUUUCUCUCUGGGCUGUCAAGGCAGGCUGGGAAACACUAAUAUAUUACUAGAUUUGUCAGCAUGUUUGCAUGUGCUAUCUAAUUUUUCCUUCCUCACCCCCCUGUAGCGUACGAUUUUCUAAGGGGAAACAGCUAUGAAAGCUCCGGUGAAAAAUCACCCCUUCUUGAGGCAAAUUACAGCUUCAGAAAUAAGGGUUUUCACUGCACAGGAGAAAGGGUUCAAUGCUCACUCUCUGUGCAAUGCAAUCCCAGUUCCGAUGUGGGAGCCUCUAGCUGCUAUUUUAAAAGAAAAAACAUAAACAUAUGAAAAAGUAAACUAUGUGUUACAAGGUAUAAUUAUAAGGUAUAAUUUAAAUUACAGUCCAUUAGCAGGAAAAUAAAAUACUCAACAGGCUUCAGCUAAGUACUUUAAUUCUAUGCAAGCACAUAAUGCAAACAGUAUAAAAACUUGUUUUAAAAAAACCUUUCAAAAAGAUAUGGUGAACAGAUAGGAUUAUAAAUAAGUUGACAGUAUUAUUAUUUUAAUGUAAGUUUCUUGGCAUGUAGAUUUCUUCCAUUAAAUAUUUUCUCUUUCAGAAAACAUGGAAGGUGGUAUGCUAGCUGGUGCUGCUGUCAAUGAAAAGUAAAAAAAAUAAUCUUUUCCACUCUGAGUUUUCACUGUUACUGGAAGUUCACAAGAGUAUGUCUUCCAAACAAAGGCGUUCUCUCAGUGAAGAAGUUGAUGUUUCCUUUCUUCUGGUUCCAGAGGAGGCUAUACAAACCUCUAGCUAUUUGGUAAGCUCUAUACUGGAUGUUAGAAGAGGAGGCAUGUUCUGCAGACUGUGUGUCCAGUUUUUUCUAAAGUCCUCUUGCUUUUAAGCAGUUGAGGGGGUUAAUGAAGACUGACAUGGCACAGCUGUCAAGAGUACAUUUUCUAAGGACACGCUGAGAUCUGUAUAGUGCUGCAACAUAGCUUCAUAUCCUCUCUGCUGUAAAUAUUCGAUCCGACCAUGAUCAAUCAACAGUUUGCAAAGCUGACCUAUCUGCUUUCGGUCCUCAGUGGUUAACAGCCUAAAACCAGAAGGAAAAAAUGUUUUUAAAUACAGCAAUUGUAACAUCUCAAGGAAUCGGGAUAUCAGAUUUAGAGCACUGCAAUGCAAAUGGGUGACUUCAGAAUUCCUUAAAAGUCAUGCAGUACCUUAAAGACCAACAAAUUUACGUUUGUGGACUUGGAUCUACUUUAAAAUCUUGUAAGGUAAAGGUAAAGGGACCCCUGACCAUUAGGUCCAGUUGUGGCCGACUCUGGGGUUGUGCCGCUCAUCUCGCUUUAUUGGCCGAGGGAGCCGGCGUACAGCUUCUGGGUCAUGUGGCCAGCAUGACUAAGCCACUUCUGGCAAACCAGAGCAGCGCACGGAAACGCCGCUUACCUUCCUACCGGAGCGGUACCUAUUUAUCGACUUGCACUUUGACAUGCUUUUGAACUGCUAGGUUGGCAGGAGCAGGGACCGAGCAACGGGAGCUCACCCCGUCGUGGGGAUUCGAACCGCCGACCUUCUGAUUGACAAGUCCUAGGCUCUGUGGUUUAACCCACAGCGCCACCCGUGUCCCUUUUAGGUUGCAACAAAUUACAAAAUACAUUUUGGAAGGGAAAGUAAUACUCCUAAUUUACAUAUCUGAAUGACUAUCAAAUGCAGAACGUUAAAACCUAUUUAUUUCAAUAAUCUGUUGUGCUGAAAAGGAUCACGUACCCUUGCAGGCUAUCCACAUUGUAUUCAUCUUGGUCAUCUUCUUCUGUCUCAUUGCUCUGUUCUUCAUUCUUUGUAUGAGUUGCAUAGCUUUUCCUCUCAGUUUCUCUCAUGCCACAAGUGGCCCAGCUUGUCAUCCGUUUAAAAUAAUUGAAUUCCAUCGCCCCAAGUCCUACUUUUGUGAAGAAGUCUUGGCCUACGUAAUGCUUCCAGUCACAUCUAUGAUGGCAACACAGGGCAAUAACAACCCCAGCCACAGGGCUCCAGCUGUCUGCUAUAGGCUUGCCAUGCAAUUCACCAGAAUUAUUAGAAGUUAUGCUGGUUUCAUUGCUCUUAAAGCGUUUAGGUGCAGGGCUCUCCUUUUCGCCUUUGCAGAGUUUUGUGUAUGUUUCAACUAAGCAUCUCAAAGCAAGAUCUGUGAACACAAAAGUAUUGUUUGAACUGUGGCUGCUUCAAAGAGCAAUAGAAAUAAUGUAUAACUUGUAACAUUUAUGUCAUCUUGGUCAUGUUCUUCUGAUGUCUGAACCAUCUUUUCACCUGAUUCCAUCCACAACAGUUAAAAAAACUUGGUUCAUUAACAGAUGUGCCAAAUUUAUGGUGCAACAUUUUCAAGCUAUAUUCUUACUUAGCAGCCCAACCCAACAGGACUCCAACUCCCAAGUUAAGUGUAAGAAGGCUUGCAGCUUAAUAAGUACAACAAUUAUUUAUGAAAGGGUUUGGUAAGUUCUAUUAACUUGCCUUAAUCUCCUUUAUUUUGUUACCUUAUCAGUGUUUCCCAAACCUGAGUCCCCAGCUGUUUGUGGACUACAACUCUCACCAUCCCUAGCGAGCAAGAUAGGGAUAAUUGGAAUUGUAGUUCGAAAACAGUAGGAGACCCAAAUUUGGGAAACAAGGCCUUACAUUGUAUUUCCGUGAAUAUUUUUAAGCAGAUCCAACGUGUUCAGCUAUAUACCAAGGAGAGAUGAUGACAUACUGAUUCUCAGAAUAAAGUCAAAGCCUGCGCCAAGUCAUGUGACCCUUUGGGCUUGUGUGAUUUUAAUCAGCGAUAACUUCUCACUGUAUAGUUCAAACACCUCUCUCUUCACCAACUAGGACAGUCUUGUACCUGUUGCCGCACCACAAACAUGUUUUCCAAUUCCUAUCACAGGCAGCUUCUCUUUCACAAGAACGGGGACCUUAUCUGAAAGAGAGAACCCCAGCCAGCAUGUUUCUGACUGCUGCAGACACACACGUGCAUCAAGCAAUCAGAAGAAAAUCAAAACUGAAAAUCGUAUGCUUUUACAUACAAAUUACAUGUUGGUCCAACCACAGAGCAGCCAGAGACACUGUGAUGAAAAGUUUUUAAAAGAAAGAUUACCAAAAAAAGAGCACAAUAGGACAUAAGAGUAUCAAAUCUAACAACAUAAGUAAAUCAAAUCAAAAGCCCAUCUCACAAGCUCUUUUGAAGCCAGCUCUGGGAAACCCAUAAGCAAUAAGGACGUGAUGGCAAUAGCCCUAUUCCAACCCCUUUAGUAAGCUGGUCAAGGAUGCCAAACAAUUCAAACACACAUUCCUAGUCAAAUGUAUCAAGUUUUAUACAGUGGUACCCUCAGUUUUUGGACGUCUCCGUCGCUGAAUGUUUUGGUUUUCGAACGCCAAAAACCCGGAAGUAAAUGCUUCCGUUUUCAAACGUGCCUUGGAAGUCUAAUGGCUUCCGCUGUGUGUAUCUGUUGUUUUUCACAAUUUUCUCUAUUUAAUUGGCAGACCGCUCUUUGCACCUCAGUUUUCUAACGUUUCGGAAGUUGAACGGUCUUCCAGAACGGAUUGUGUAUGAAAACUGAGGUACCACUGUACUUGGAUACAGCGCCUUCAAGUUUUUCAGUGCAAUGCAUUUGGCCACAAACAAAUAUUCUAAAAAUAAUAUACAGAGGACUAAUCUGAAGUUAGUUCACUGAUGGCAAUCCAAAUGUACAGAGUAAUGCACAUGAAACUGAAACACUCUGAUUGAUUUGUGUAUCUGACCUAUUUUGUGAUUAUUAACACCUAAGGAAUACAAAUGGGGAGUGUCUAGUAAUGGAUUUGAAAAGUUGUAUUUAUAUACCUAACAGUAUAUAAAAUCUUGCCACUGAAAUCCUGUUCUCUAGCUCUUGCACCACACUUGUUCUCAAAUCUCAGUUUAGUAGGACUGAUCCUGCUUUAACUGUUUCUAAAAUCACCAAGGUUUUUUUCUGCACUGUCUUUCACAGAGUUCAUAAAGAAUGAUUACUGUCAAACUGAAGCAUAUGUUAAAUGAAUGAGCAACUUACUUAAACACAAAUGCUGGAUAUCGACUUGAAGCCUUUCAAAGCAAUUUUUUCUAUGCUUACCAUCUACCUGUGAAAAAACAACAAGAAAGCUUUAUGAAGUAAUUGCCUCCUAAAAGAGCUACUUGGCAAAUUCCAGUUAUAUUUCACAAAUGAAAUAAAAAAUGUUCAGUAUC